UACACGCAGCAAAGGGGGUCUUUAACCAUAGUUCAUUUAGUUUGAGAAAAGUUUAUACUUUGUAAAACAACAACUCUUUAUUGUGCAGAGGGUGUUUACUGUGGUUUGUGUCAUCAUGCAUAUGAAUGAUCAAAAGAGGAAGUAAAUCUAGUCUUUCAGCAGCCUGAUAUCCGUCUUCUGCUCAUGACGACAGAGGAAAGGCGUCUUUGAACACAUCGUUCCUCCUUCACUUCUCACAGAGAUGAGAGGAGCAGCUAUGAGUUUAACUGCAGCAGCGAGUGGAUUAGUGGUCUUCCUGCUCUCUGUGUCAGGGGUUCAGGGUCAGGAUGUCUGGGGAGUGACUUACUCUUCUACUGAGAUCUGUGCAGUGAAAGGAUCAACAGUGGAGAUAAACUGCAGAUACACAUACCCAUCUAGAUGGAGAGGUGGUGUUAACACAGUAGAGAAAACAUUCUGGUUUACUAAACAGAAAGAUGGUGAACCUGUAGAUCUGAGAACAGACUCAGAGUAUGCAGGUCGUGUAGAGACUCUCUGUAAAAACAACAUCUGCACUCUGAGAAUCAGAAACCUGAGAGAGAGCGACUCAGCUCAGUACAGGUUCAGGUUCAAAACAAACCAAGAAGGCUUUGAGGGUUCACCAGGAGUCACUUUGUCUGUCACAGAUCUCCAGGUCACAUCACCAUCAAACAGGCUGUAUUGUCAGAGCAGAUGUCCUUAUUCUUCUAAUCCUUCAUACAUCUGGUACAAGAACCAAGAAAUAAUUCAGGGACAAACAUCUGAUUAUACAGAACACCAGAACAAUGGAGACAGUUAUUCCUGUGCUUUAAGGGGACAUGAGGACUUCCCCUCUCCUCCAAUGUAUGCUCCAAAGCUCCCCUCUGUGUCAGUGAGUCCCUCUGCUGAGAUAGAGGAGGGCAGUUCAGUGACUCUGACCUGUAGCAGUGAUGCUAACCCAGCAGCUAAAUACACCUGGUACAAGGAGAACCAAAAACUGCUCAUUGAGAAACCACAGCUUGUCCUCAGCUCCAUCCGCUCCUCUGACUCUGGACAGUAUUACUGUACAGCUGAGAACAAGCUGGGGAAGAGAUCUACAAACAUCUCCAUUGAUGUGAAAUAUGCUCCAAAGCUCCCCUCUGUGUCAGUGAGUCCCUCUGCUGAGAUAGAGGAGGGCAGUUCAGUGACUCUGACCUGUAGCAGUGAUGCUAACCCAGCAGCUAACUACACCUGGUACAAGGAGAACCAAACACUGCCUCUGGGAAGGGAAGGAAGUUAUCAUUUCACCUCCAUCAGCUCUGAGGACAGAGGGAUCUACUACUGCAAGUCUGAGAAUCAAUAUGGAGUCAACAAGUCUUUAUUUCAACACAUUAAUGUCCAGUAUGCUCCAAAGCUCCCCUCUGUGUCAGUGAGUCCCUCUGCUGAGAUAGAGGAGGGCAGUUCAGUGACUCUGACCUGUAGCAGUGAUGCUAACCCAGCAGCUAACUACACCUGGUACAAGGAGAACCAAACACUGCCUCUGGGAAGGGAAGGAAGUUAUCAUUUCACCUCCAUCAGCUCUGAGGACAGAGGGAACUACUACUGCAAGUCUGAGAAUCAAUAUGGAGUCAACAAGUCUUUAUCUCAAAACAUUAAUGUCCAGUAUGCUCCAAAGCUCCCCUCUGUGUCAGUGAGUCCCUCUGCUGAGAUAGAGGAGGGCAGUUCAGUGACUCUGACCUGUAGCAGUGAUGCUAACCCAGCAGCUAACUACACCUGGUACAAGGAGAAUGAAGACUCUUCAAAAGCUUCAGGACAGAUCUUCAACAUCACUGACUUCAGAGCUGAACACAGUGGGAGUUAUUCCUGUGAAGCCCAGAACAAGUUAGGACGUAGUAACUCCACCUUACAUAAGAUUUGUGGAACAGCAUCAUGGAAGCUACCAGCUGCUGUAACAAUCCCUGUUGUUCUCCUGGCUGUCAUCUCUCUCUCUGUCUUCCUGUGGAUCAGCAGAAGAAAGAGCGCUUCCAGGGAUUCAUCUGAACCUGCAGAGAGAGCGGACAACAGGGAGGAGCCUCUACCUGAUCAGCCGGAGGAGCAGGGUGACCUUCAGUAUGCCACCAUCCACUUCUCCAACAGCCGAGCAGAACCUCUGUACUCCAACAUGAGAUCAGCUCAGCCCCUCAGACACACGGAGCAACAGGAAGUCCCGGAGUACGCUGCCGUCAAGUUGAAGAGUGCUGCCCCGAGGCCCAGAGGGCAGGACUCUGCAGAGGACCCAGCUGCGUUGUACAGCACGGUCAACAAAUCCCACUGAACACAGCAGGCGAUGCAUGUUCUAUAUUUCUAUGAUUCUUUUACAGUCACAUCUGUAAUUUCCUGGUUCAUUUAGAUUUGUUUUAAACACAUAUAGGAUGUGCUUCACCAAGAUUGUGCCUUAGAAACAAUUGUAUAUCUCAGAGAAACUUACAUUUAUACAUUCAACAUCAACGUUAAGCUUAUUUCUUUUACUCUGAUUGGUUCAGCUGCAUUAGAUAUGAAACACAGAGUCUUUUUAUUCACAUUAUUAAAAAAAAGACUCACUGCAGUACUGCAAAGUGCCACUAGUGGAAAGUAUUUGAAGACUUAAUGCAUUGGUUUGUAAAUAUAACUUUAACCUGAUAUUUGGGCGGGUCCACUGAGAUGUGAGGAUGGGGGGAGGUCUGUGUUAUUACCUUACAGAAAUCUAUCCUGCAGAGGGGGGAGGGUCAUUCAUAUUAUACAUAUUGUUAAAAUAUAUAUAUUAUUAUUACAAUUAUUAUUAAUAUCAUUAUUCAUUUCAGUAUAUAAUUAACUCUAUGGAUAUUACAAUUUAUUUCUAUUAUUAUUAUUAUUAUUUUAUUGUUGUAACAACUAUUUAUUUAUAUUUUAAAUAAUUAUAUUAUAUUUCUCAUUUUCAUUGUUGAUAUUUACUAUUUUUCUUUAAAUAUAUUUGUAUUAUUAUUAUUGUUCUUGUUUUCCACUGCCAGCUCUUUUUGUUGGACAGCUGCAAAUAUUACGGAGAUAUCUCAACACCUACUCGGUUGAUUGCCAUAUAAUUUAGUUCAUGUACAUAUAUUAUCUCACAGGUUAUUUUGAAGGAUAUUAUAUUCAUUACAUUUUUUAUAUUUUAUGUUCUAAUCAGUAUCCUUUCAUUAAGUACAAAUAUACAUAUUGCUUUUGAAAAGUUCAUUGGUUUUGCAAAGGAACCUCCGUUAGUGUAUCCAGCUGCAGUUCCAUCCUGCUGCCACUAGGGCUCAGUAAAGUAUUUCACUGAUAGAAAACCCUUUUCCAAGAGCCUGUGAACUUUCCCUUUGUGUGGGUACGGUCAUUUUCCCCACGUUCUUUGUCUUUCUUUUUACCAGCUCCAUUAUUCACAUUUGAUAGAGUUACAUUUUGUAGAUUUUUAGGUAUAUAACCAUAACAGCUCAUUACAAUAGUGUAUCCUUCUUCCUUUGUUAUAACUGUUAGUAUAGCUCUGUUCUGUUGCUCUGUAUAUCAUGUGUUUAGAUUAUCCUUGUGCUGGUCUGAAUUGAUUUGAGUUAAUACAAAAUAUGUCCAUACCAGUGCCAUUACCUGUGAUGUCAAAAUAAAACAGCUGCACGUGUCCGCUUAAAAUAAUAAAGCUGCAGUGAGUAAAGUGUCA